GCCACCGUCCAGGAAGAUAAACCAAGCAGUAGUCAUUCACCAACCCAAAAAAACCCUAACCCACAAAAUUCUUAUUCAAUGGAACCGGACGACGAGAUCUACGCCAACGGCGAAGCCGACAGCUCAAACAGCCGAAACAGACCAAUCAUAAGCAGCGAACAACUUGACAUCGAAGCAUAUGCUGGACUUUACACAGGAAGAACGAAAAUCACGCGGUUACUGUUUAUCGCGGACCAGUGUGGUCAGAAUAACAAUACGGCGAUGCAGAUGGAAGCGCUUCGAAUGGCUUACGAAGAGAUCAAGAAAGGAGAGAACACGCAAUUGUUUAGAGAUGUAGUGCAUAAGAUUGAUGGGAGGUUGGGGGAUAAUUAUGGGAUGGAUAGUGCUUGGUGUGAGAUGGUGGAUAGAAGAGCCGAUCAGAGGAAAGAGAAGCUUGAGAAUGAACUUAAUGCUUACAGGACAAAUUUGAUAAAAGAAAGCAUACGAAUGGGAUAUAAUGAUUUUGGAGAUUACUAUUACGCUCAUGGUUCCCUUGCCGAUGCCUUUAAAAGUUAUGUUCGUACUCGUGAUUAUUGCACUACAUCAAAGCACGUUAUUCAUAUGUGUAUGAGUGCAAUUCUUGUAAGCAUUGAGAUGGGUCAAUUUACUCAUGUCACGAGCUAUAUCAACAAAGCAGAACAAACAGCGGAUGCCCUUGACCCUAAUACAGUCUCAAAACUACGUUGUGCUGCGGGGUUGGCUAAUUUGGAUGCUAAAAAAUACAAACUCGCUGCUCGAAAGUUCCUGGAAGUGGGUCCUGAAUUGGGAAAUUCAUACAAUGAAGUUAUUGCUCCUCAAGAUGUUGCAACAUAUGGAGGACUUUGUGCACUUGCAAGUUUUGACCGGAUGGAGCUGAAGAACAAAGUCAUAGACAGUAUCAACUUUCGUAAUUUCUUGGAGUUGGUACCUGAAGUGAGAGAGCUUAUUCAUGAUUUCUACUCAAGCCAUUAUGCUUCAUGUCUGGAUUACCUGGGAAAUCUUAAAGCAAACCUGAUGCUUGACAUCCAUUUGCAUGACCAUGUCCAGACACUGUAUGAUCAAAUCCGCAACAAAGCUCUCAUUCAGUAUACACACCCAUUUGUGUCUGUUGAUCUGCACAUGAUGGCUAAUGCUUUCAAAACAACUGUUGCGAGCGUAGAGAAAGAACUUGAAGCUUUGAUUACUGACAAUCAAAUACAGGCACGAAUUGACUCACACAACAAAAUUCUAUAUGCACGGCAUGCAGAUCAAAGGAAUGCCACUUUCCAGCGGGUACUGCAGACAGGCAGUGAGUUUGAUAGGGAUGUUCGGGCUAUGUUGCUGAGGGCAAAUCUUAUCAAACUUGACUACAAGGCAUCUAGGAAACCUUAAAUGAAUUUCCAGUCAACUAGGACAUUGAGAGACGUGGCCAACAUUGUCUCUAUUUGUUUCUGGGAAGUCCCCAACUUGGGUCUCCUACUGCGGUGAAUUGGGGUUUUAAAUCUUCAAACAAAAUUGGUUUCCAUGGAGGAGCAUUUUGGAAGAGUGCAAGAUUCUAAUUCACCUUGCCAAUUUCUGGCUGAUGUUUUUUGUAUAUACUUGGAUUUAUUCAAGAAGUCGCGGUUACUAAUUUUUUGUCGCACUCCUUUUUUAGCCUUUUGGCCGUUGUUUCUUGUUUUACACUAUCACACGACUACGUAUGGAAAUAUGAAUUGAAUGUGGGGAAUCAAA